ACGCGGAGCCGGUGGCAGCGGAGCCAGGCACGUCGCAGGAUGGUGGACAGCGUGUACCGGACCCGCUCCCUGGGGGUGGCGGCUGAAGGGCUCCCGGACCAGUACGCGGACGGAGAGGCGGCGCGCGUGUGGCAGCUCUACAUCGGGGACACCCGCAGCCGCACCGACGAGUACAAGGCCUGGCUGCUCGGGCUGCUGCGCCAGCACGGCUGCCAGCGGGUGCUCGACGUGGCCUGCGGCACUGGGGUGGACUCCAUCAUGCUGGUGGAAGAGGGCUUCAAUGUGACAAGCGUGGAUGCCAGUGACAAGAUGCUGAAGUAUGCACUUAAAGAGCGCUGGAACCGGCGGCACGAGCCUGCCUUUGACAAGUGGGUCAUUGAAGAAGCCAACUGGAUGACUCUGGACAAAGAUGUGCCUCAGCCACCAGGGGGUGGCUUCGAUGCCGUCAUAUGCCUUGGAAACAGUUUUGCCCACUUGCCAGACUGCAAAGGGGACCAGAGCGAGCACCGGCUGGCCCUGAAGAACAUCGCGAGCAUGGUGAGGUCAGGGGGCGUGCUGAUCAUCGAUCAUCGCAACUACGACCACAUCCUCAGCACAGGCUGCGCGCCCCCAGGAAAGAACAUCUACUAUAAGAGUGACCUGACCAAGGACAUCACAACGUCAGUGCUGACGGUGAACAACAAGGCCCACAUGGUGACCCUGGAUUACACGGUGCAGGUGCCAGGGACUGGCCAGAGAGGUUCUCCUGACUUGAGUAAGUUCCGGCUCUCCUACUACCCUCACUGUCUGGCAUCCUUUACGGAGUUGCUUCAAACAGCCUUCGGGGGCAAGUGCCAGCACAGCGUCCUGGGUGACUUCAAGCCUUACAAGAUGGGCCAGGCCUACAUUCCCUGCUAUUUCAUCCACGUGCUCAAGAAGACGGACUGAACAAGCCCUCAGCUCCCACAGCCCUCUGCCCAGGCACUGCCAGGCUGUGUCUGGGGAGCAGGGGACCAGUAGCCCCACACCAAGCCCAGCCCUCUCCAGUGCAGAUCUUGGGGGUAUGGGGAGGGGCAGACUGCAGCUGGGGGGCAGGGAUUUGGGUUCAGGCAGAUGGAAGGCUGAACAAUAUAGUUUAUGCCUUUCUCAGGUCCUGUA